GCGAAAACGUCGAAUAAUAAGCAGAUGGGAGAGGAAGCCCAUUCAUAAGUGAGUGUGAUCGCCGGGCCGUGUAAAUCAAGUCGUGUAAAGAACAACUACUCAUCUCCGUUGACUGUAAGCAUUAUAGUUGCACACCACGCGCUCAUCACUCGACUUUAUACUCAAAGGAGACGGUUUCUCAUAUGAAAAUCCUCUUUCUUAUUUUUUUCUGAAAUCUGGAUUUUCGCAGGCACAGUUUGAGUGAGUCACGGAUCUUUCUACUUUUACCACAGGUCCGCUCUACAAAAUGGUCGAUGGAAAAGAUUCCUUGCCGGCAAUUAUUCCGAAGGAAAAAUGGACACGAAAACUCGACUUUCUUUUGUCCCUUGCCGGGUACAGCGUGGGCCUAGGCAAUCUGUGGCGAUUCCCCUACCUCUGCAAUAGGAACGGGGGCGGCGCCUUCCUCAUCCCGUUCAUAACCUUCCUUAUACUGUGUGGCCUGCCGUUGUUUUUCCUGGAGCUCUCGGUGGGGCAGUUCUCGGGGAAGAGUGCUCUACAUGUGUGGAAAGUUUCUCCGCUGUUUGUUGGAAUCGGCGUUUCAAUGAACGUCGUGAGCGGCAUGUGCGCCCUCUACUACAACGUCAUCAUCGCAUGGACGCUAUACUACCUCGGCAACUCCUUCCUCCCAAAGCUUCCCUGGACCUCGUGUGACAACGCAUGGAAUACCCCUACUUGUUUUUCAUUGGACGAGUGUCUAGCCAAUCAGAGGAAAGCCAACAAAUCAGCUAUGGCCAGGAACACUUCUGAAGCAUUUGGUGAAAUGUACACAACGUCGCAAAACGUUUACAACAACGUCCUUCUCUCCAACGACAGCUGGUCCAACGUCAACCAACUCAACGUUACUGCCCCUGACAGCACGGUGUGCAACUACACCGCAGGGAAGGGAGGCUUGACAGCGGCCGAGGAAUUCUGGCAGUACAACAUGCUGCAGAUGUCCUCAGGCGUCACAGAGGUCGGCAACAUCCAGUGGCAUCUCUUACUGUGUUUCAUGGGGGCCUGGCUUCUCAUCUUCCUCUGUCUAAUGAAAGGAGUCAAAUCACUUGGGAAAGUGGUGUACGUGACAGCGACCAUUCCCUAUCUGCUCCUCACUAUCAUCCUCAUCAGAGGGGUCACGUUGCCGGGGUCUUAUGAGGGUAUCAUCUUCUAUCUGAAGCCGGACUUCACCAAGCUCCUUCACCCACAGGUAUGGAUUGAGGCUGGCUCACAGGUCUUUUACUCACUCGGACCGGCAUGGGGCUUACUGAUUGUCAUGUCAAGUCACAACAAGUUCACCAACAACUGCCUCAGAGAUGCAGUGCUUAUCACUUUCCUUGGGGAAGGGACCAGUUUAUAUGGAGGCUUUGCCAUAUUUUCAGUGCUUGGAUAUAUGGCACAAAAAGCUGGAGUCCCCGUAUCAGAAGUUGUUAAAUCAGGGCCCGGACUUGGGUUUAUUGCUUAUCCUGAGGCACUCACGACUCUGCCUCUCCCUCAACUCUGGAACAUCCUGUUCUUCCUCAUGCUUCUGACUGUUGGUCUCGACACACAGUUCGGAAUGACGGAGAUCAUAUGUGGCACUGUGUUGGAGAGUUUCCCGCGGCAGCUAGCAAAGAGGAGAACACUGGUGACUGCAGCUAUCUGUGGCGGGUUCUUCAUCCUUGGGCUGCCCUUGACAACAUCGGCGGGUGUCUACUACUUCCAACUGAUGGACUGGUACUCCACUUCGUUCGGUCUUCCCCUGAUCGGCUUUGUGGAGUGUGUUGUGUUCGCCUGGAUAUACGGAACGGACCGCCUGAGUGAUGACAUCAGCAUGAUGAUCGGAAGACGACCCCCGCAAUUCUUCACUAUCUGCUGGAAAUUCGUGACUCCGGUCCUUCUCUUUACCACCCUCGUCUCGGCCUUUGUCAGCUACCAGGCACCAACGUACGAUAAAUACACAUACCCAGUUGGCGCCAUUGCAGCGGGUUGGAUGAUUGGUAUGAUGUCCGUGGUUCCAAUCCCGAUCUUCGUCGUCUACAAGUUCUUCAGAGCGUCCGGGCCCUUCAUUAAGCGCUUCAUCCAAACCAAGAAACCGUCGGCCGACUGGGGUCCCGCUGAGAGCCUUCCCCGUGACUCUGACUUCUCUGAAAUAAAGGACCCCCUCAACCGGACAGGGGAACUGUCGGUGUCGUCCCCUAGUGCCACAAGUAUCGCCAUUGACGACUGUCCCCAAAAUGGUGUCACAGUCCACUCCAAGUUCCUCAACGAACAGACGUAUAUUUCCUGAAAACGAUCCUAAACGAUGGGUUAUAGUGUGUCAGAGAGAACAUAUCGAAAAUUUGGAUCUUAGUUUUGACGAGGCUUGUCACUCAAUUAUGAAACGCUUUGAAAAGUUUGUAAGUGUAGUUUUCAAGCAUGCAUCGAACCGUAUCCUGUUACCACAUCAGUUGCCAAAGGAGGUGUUUCUGUACGACCAACUUGUUUUAUUAACACACACACACCUUCCAGUCCAACCUCCGUGGUAAAGAUAUGUUCACCAUGGAUAAUGGUAGCAAAGCUUUACAGGUCAAGUACUGAUUUGUAUUGGGGCCGACCAUUUUAUUUUCAAAGAAACCAAUGCAUGUCUUCAUGUUUGCAAAAAACAAAACACAAACAAUCAUUUAGAAAUUAUAUUUGCGUGUUAAUAUUAAUGGGUUGCCAGAUCUGUCUUAACUUAUUAACUGCCUCUUUUAAAACAUUUUUUUUGGCAAUGUAUGUGGGUCAUUGUGUCAAGCAAAUGUAAAUUUCUGUGAGUUGAUAUACAUGUAUUUUACAGAUUAAGUAUAAUCAGAAGUGAAUGUUUGAAAAGAUGUAUAAGUGAAGACUCGUCACAUUCCCUCCGAUCUCAAACGCUAUGUUAAUAUUCGCAGCUGCAGUUUUUUAACGGACCCAGAUCCUACCAAACCUUAUCUUCACUAUGCACGAGAACAUGUCUCUAUAUGUUUACACAUUGUAGAAUUAUUGAGAUGGCUUAGUAAUGUACUGACAUGACUAGUCCCGAGCGAUAGCCUUAUAUCUGCAUUCUAUGCCUGGAUCCAGCCCUUGUCGCCAUUGCUAUUGAUUUUAGACCAGACAUGCGCACAGGGAGGCUGCUUUGCGUCACCCGCAGGGAAUAACUGUACCGCAAUGUCACCUUGACCUUGAAUAGCUGUGACCUAUCUCCCAAUGAGUUUGUUUUGUACUGAAGCUUUAAUGUCGAAAUAGAUCAAACUUAUUCUAAACACAAUUUUUGCUCGCCUAAACUGUGAUAAAAUAUUCUUAUUGUUAAGAUGAUUGAAAAAUGCCUUAGAAAUAUGACCCAAAUUUAGAGAAGAUUGUAAUAGUAAAUAUAAACAACUGCUUAGAAUCACAAUUUCAUUAUUCUUUCAUUCAAAUGACAAUAACAUGUUCAUUAUUGUUCAAAUACUAUUCAUCCAUUUGUCUCAACAUUAAUUUUACGAAAUACGUGGUGCCAACGGUAUUAUAUCCAUUCUUGCUGAUGAACCCGACAUUGUCUUCCAAUGAUGUUCUGUGUCUCAGUAAGUUGUGUGUCCAUGGAAUAUUGAUGUACAUGUAUAUACCCUACAACGUCUAUAAUGACACAAUGUUCAUCAGCUAAACUCGCCAAAUGUUCAAUGCCUCCAUUUCUCGCCACAGUGUACUUUCAAACAAGACCCCUCAUUCACUCAAUCAAGAAGACAAGUUUGUCAGCACCAUACCCGGGCUUUCCUUCCACAUGAAGCUGACCCGUUCAAAAGCUGUACUGUACUAACGAUGUGUUUUCAAAAUCUGGUAGUGAUGUCAUCAGCCAGAAGCGCAUGAACCGGAAGUGAUGUCAUUAUACGCGAAGUGCACUUUCGCUGCAGUAGGUGUGGGGUAUUUUUUAUUAUUUACAACAUGACGUAUAGCUGAAUAAAAUGGAUCUUGGCAAGUCAGCUGUCACCUGAUUUUGUCUGAAUGGUGCUGUUUCUGUGUGUGAAAAUGUGUGGCAUUCAAGUAAAAGGUCUGAUUCAGUUUUUGCGGGUACUGUAGACACCAGUGUACUUACACAUCUAAGUCUUAAUCCAACUAGACAAACAAUGAAUUUAUAUAUUCAAUCUCUUAUUUUUGUUCAUCAAGCAGUUUAUUAAGACGAGUGUUGUCUGUUUACUGUUUGUGUCCUAGCCUAUUGUAGCGGCGAUUUGUGACGUACUGCCUUAUAAAUGAACCUUCAAUAUUUUGUAUAGACUAAGUCAGUAGAGUUCGUUGCAGAGAUUAUAUACAUGCGGUAUUGAAACAGCGUGGUUCCCGACCCCACUUCCACGGUUGCGAUCUUUUUAACUAUAGACCGAGAUGUUUGCAGUCGCUUAAAAAAAUGUCAGUGCAUGGAUAGUCCUAACCGUCAUGUAGAAAUCAUUAGGGGUCAAUGUGAGUUUAUAUUGUUGGUGAAUAUAUCGUAACUACAGAUUGUACGUGUGUGUGUAUGUGUGUAUUAUUUCCAGCUAUAUAUAUUGUUAGUCCGUAUGAAAUAGAAUCCCAAGAACAGUCACUUUGGAUUUCUGAAAAUAAUGUUACAAAAUCGCUUUAUAAUGUGACAGAACAAGUAAGUAGUGAAAUGAUCAGCAUAGCUAUUUUAAAACUAGAUAUGUUACGAGACGGUGAAUAGUGUUUGUUGUUGUUUUUAAUCUCACCCACGUUAACUCAUGCAAAACAACAUGCAUCUUCAUCCAGUUAACAACUUACUUGUUUUCUCAGUUCUUGUUGUGGGGGUAUAGCCCACGAUUCAUUUUCUUACAUGUGUGAGCAAUUCACAUACCAGUCACAAUGUCAGAGUUGAUAUGUAUAUUAUUGUCAUGAUGAUGUUUGUAGUUUUAUGAAUAUAUUUUUUAUGUGUGUAUGAUGAACGUUCGUACAGAUUGUACGUUGAAUAUUAGUUUUCAUUUUGCAAUUUUCAUUUUAAUGUUGUGUCUUUGGAUUCGACAUGGAUGUUAAAUGACACAAAGAACGACUUAAUCAGUCAUAACACCUUUAAGGGAUCACGGUACAAAAUUAUUAUUGUGAUCAUUAACAGUUCUGAUAUUAGCAAUUGUUAAAAAAUCAAAAACGUGCAGGAUAAAUGUAACAAAUGGUGAAGUAUAGAAUUGAUAAAUAAAAUUUAUAGUUUUUUAUAUGUUUUUAGGCAUGGUAUAUGAUUUGGCAAGGCUUCCGAAAAAAUCUUCAAAUAGAUUUCGAAAUACUGCUGUAUUCUCCCCUUCUUGUUGGGUGAAGCGUAGCCAUGUAAAACUAUACGUUAACCUGAACUUAAGAAUAUUAUGUUCACUGUAAAUUAUGUUUUAAAGAGUAGGUUGUUGGUUCCACGAUUCCUUAGAACACAUUUGUUCAAACUGGAGUUUCUGAAAUAAUCAAAUAUCGUUAUUUGACAUGUGUUUAGUUUUCCAUUGUGUUAAAUAACUGAAACAUGACCUGUUUAAUAUGUUCCAAGAACAUCAUAUUGAGCGGGUUGAUGCUUGUUCGUAUAUCAUGUGCACUUGCUUGUCCAUAUUGAAACAGCUCUGCUUUCGUUUUAAAGGGCAUUAUACUGUCUCAUUCGAUUAGAACGACUGGUCAGACAUGCCAAAGAUUAUCUUCUCAUCAACGCUUUCGGUAUUAACCGUUUGUAAUACAAACAACUAGGUAUCGUGAUAGCAUCAAUAUCAUCCAAUUCCGCCGUGAUGCGACACAUGCACAUGUUAUGAUUAAUGAUGUAAGCAUUUUAAUUUCGUAAGCCAUAUUGUCAAAUACGAAUAUGACUAUCCUACCAAAGUGAAAUAACGUGUGUGUGUUCUAUUUUCUAAGUAUGGAAGAUCAGCUGUGUUUAUUCAAUUUAAGAUAUAUCAACCAUAAAAUUUUGAUGGCAUGACACAAAAUCACUAUCACUUCACUGAAACGAACAAGAAUAAAUCGUUUUUCUAGUGCUGAAA